AUGAGUCAAGUUGCAGUAGUGAAUAAGGAAGAGUUUCUCUCUCAUUUCUCAUCAUGUUCCGAACAAGAUGAAAAACAAUUACCAAUUGAAUUGUCUUUGCAUUUGAAGGAUAUUUCCUUCUUGUCUGAUUAUUCACUUCCUACCAAUAUAUUUCCUAAUAUCUUGUUCAAGAGUAAUGAUGGAGUGGUCGGAACGAAGAAAAACAAUCAAGAAUAUGGCAUUCAAUAUAAUUUUCUGCUUGAUGCCGAAGAGGAUGAACAAUCAUCGAGAGAUGAGUAUUGGAAACAUUCACAUCAAUCAUUAUUUUCUCUGAAUUGGAAUUCUAAAGUUGAUCACACUGAUAAUUUCUACUCUUUGAUGCAAUAUUAUUAUGGACCUUUUAAAAUGUUGGUAUUCCUGUUGGGAUUGGUUGUAAUGAAUGCAAUUUGUAUGGUUGCUCUUGUUAAAUUUUCUUGGGUUGGGGAUUUUAUGGAAAAUUCAGUGUUUAAUUCGAUAACAAAUCGAGCCCUCAACGAAAUGAAUUUGAAGGGAGAUAUUUCACAAAUGGGUACUAUGGAUUUUUUCAUUAGUUUUUUAAGGAAUAGUACUGCCUUGUCCAGUGUAUUUUAUAUCAUGGUGUUUUUCUUCUCAUUUACUGUAUUCUUGUUGGCUUUGAGUUUCUUUGAAUAUUAUUGGAUUCUGAGAUAUAUUCAAAGAGAAACGAGAAAAAAUUUGGAAAAAUAUAGGAAUAAGCAAGACAUUCAUGAAGAUUACUUCUCUACCGAAUAUCUAAUCAUUGAUAAGAGUUGGAAAAAUUCUGAGGAGACUGUUUUCAACAAGUUACCUCAAAUUGUUCAUGGACAUAUUAAAUAUUUAGAAUAUGAAAUUCAACAGGAUGGAAGUGUUGAAAAAUUGGCCAUCUCUAAAUUCAUUUUGGAAAAGUUAAUUUUCUGCAGUGGCAGUACAAAGAGAAAUCUCACUAAUGCAGCUCGUGUCAUUGAAAUUACUGAUUUCUCUCUGAAAAAGCACAUUAAUAUUGCCAAAGAUGAAUGGGUCGACCCGAAUUUUCACGUAGCUUUACAACUCUUUGAAGUGACCAUCAAGGAUCUAUUGAAAGAAACAAAUGCCUCAGCAAUAAUCAUUAAGAUUUCGAGUUUGCAGUAUGGUUUGAUUAGAUUGUGUGACAAGAUGAAAUUUACUCUUGUUCAUGAGGAAAAAUCAAAUGAAUUUCCAAUUAUUAAUUAUUAUUACGUAUUGGAAAGUAAUAAAUUAUUGUAA